AUAACACCCCUAAGGGCCCUAACACAUCCCCAUUCUUCCUUCUAUCACCGCUGCUCUCCCCUUGGCAUUAAUGUAUGUACUGUACACACACAUAUAUAUAUAUAUAUAUAAGACGCGAUUCAGCAGGUUAAUGUUAGUAACUAUAUGGACAAGUUGGUCGAGCCAAAGGCUAUCUGGCGGCUUGCCCCACGCCUUAACCAGUCUCCAACUCCGCCGAGUCGUCCAACAUCUCGUGCUCGGCGUCAUGAGUACUCUCCACGUCCGCCACAACCACCAUCAUUACCAUUUCUGCUCCGCGCCUCCCUCUUCCUUUUCUUCAUCUUCCCUUCUCCUCUUCAUCGGCUGAAUUUAUCCCCAUCUUCCCCCCAAUCUACCAUACUUUCACUCACUUGUCCCCCCUAUUGCCGGAUUGUAAAGCCUGAUUCAUUCUCUGAGCGGCCUGGAAAAUCCUAGAAUCGCACUAAAUAGAUCACACGAAAUUCUGUUCGAUAUCCUCGUUGGACCUGACCUCCCGGUAUUCUGGACAAAAUUCGUACGGUAUGAUACGCGAUUUCGUCCUCAAACACGUCCUAUCCACGGACCUCCUCGACACGGAGAGCGAUAGCCAAGCGGCCUCGAAGCCAUCUGAUCAACCACAGCACCCAAAGUCAGGGCGAUAUAUAGGUGCCAUUGACCAAGGCACCACUUCAUCGAGGUUCAUUAUCUUUGAUGACGAAGGCAAUCUAGUGGCUUCCCAUCAGGUGGAACUAAGUCGCAUUUGCGAGCGUUCUGGGUGGCAUGAACAGGACCCAGAAGAAAUAGUCUCCUCGGUGGAGAAAUGCAUUGAACAGGCAACCAGGGCCUUUACCUCCAAAGGUUUCUCAAUCGCAGAUAUUCAGACAAUAGGUCUAACCAGCCAACGCGAAACCACAGUCGUAUGGGAUUGGGAGACGGGAAAACCGCUAAAUAAUGCGAUCGCAUGGCCAGACACGCGGACCACAUCGUUGGUUAGAGAGCUAAAGUCAAAAGAGGGGGCGGACAAGCUGCAAGAGAUAUGUGGGCUUCCACUCUCAACUUAUUCUUCCUCUGCCAAGCUGGUUUGGCUCCUUCGAAAUAUCCCUGAUGUGAAAAAGGCAUACGACGAUGGUCGAUUAGCAUUCGGAACUGUUGAUACUUGGCUCAUCUACAAUCUAAACGGCGGGAAAAAGAACGACGUCUUCGUCACAGAUGUGACCAAUGCCUCUAGAACCAUGUUCACAAAUCUGCACUCUCUCAAGUAUGAUGAGACCUUGCUUAACUUUUUUGAGAUUGAUCGCUCGAAAAUAAAGCUCCCGAAAAUUAUUGCUUCUGCCCACGAAUCGGCAUUUGGUUCAAUGGCGGCUGGCCCCUUGAAAGGCAUCAAAAUAACGAGCUGUCUUGGAGACCAAUCCGCUGCAUUGAUUGGCCACUGUGCUUUCUCGCCUGGCCAAGCUAAAAACACUUACGGGACCGGCUGCUUCCUUCUCUAUAAUGUGGGGAAGUCACCCGUAAUAUCUAAGCAUGGUCUACUUGCAACAGUUGGAUAUCAAUUAGGCGAAUCACCUGUAUAUGCCUUGGAAGGAAGUAUUGCGGUUGCUGGAAGUGGUGUCAGCUUUCUAAUGAACAACUUAGGCUUCUUCAGGGAUGCAAGGAAAAUCAACGACGAAGCUGCCACUGUGCCUGAUUCGGGUGGAUGUGUAUUCGUUACUGCUUUCAGCGGAUUAUUUGCUCCUUACUGGAUUGAUGAUGCAAAAGGCACAAUUUUCGGCAUCUCUCAGCACACGCAACGAGGACACAUAGCCAGGGCAACAUUGGAAGCUGUGUGCUUCCAGACCAAAGCAAUCCUAGAUGCAAUGGAGAAAGACAGCGGCGAGAAGCUGAAGGAGCUGACGGUCGAUGGCGGGCUGUCUGCUAGCGACAUAUGCAUGCAGUCCCAAUCGGAUAUUAUCCAAAUGCCAAUUGAACGGCCACGGAUGCACGAGAUUACCGCGCUAGGUGCUGCUAUUGCGGCGGGAUACGCGAUUGGCAUCUUUAAGGACCUUGAUGCAUUACGAGGAAUGAACAAGUCGAGUAGGACGGUCUUCAAACCCCAAAUAACUGAAUCAGAAAGCUCGAGGAUGUAUAAACAAUGGUCGAAAGCCGUCGAAAUGUCUCGAGGUUGGCUAGACAAUAAUGCAAUCCAGUCGAUGUGAUUGUUGAACAAUGAACGAACGAUUGUUUUGUUGGUGGAGUUGUUUGUCCACGUCCACUCACCUUUGUUUUUUUAUAAUAUCUUUGUCAAGCAUAGCAGGUAGGAUGCUCCUUUGGAUACCCAUAUUCUCAUUUUUAAUUUUCCUUUUGCGAAUAUACCUUUCUCGUGUAGAUGCUUAAUAGUCAGUUGUUCUAUUCUUGGUUUGAUGCAAAUGUUCGUAAUAGAUUGGUUCCCGUUGCACUGGUUCUGCCGCUCUGCACUCCGAAAUUGUGAAAGAGGCCGCCUUGUGUCGUUGUGUCAGCGUGUUAGAUAGCCACGGGGUGUUAUCUGAUAAGGUUGUGCUUAGGUUGUGCUGGAUGUUUACUACAUGGCAUAAGACGAGUCUCGUUGGAGGCAGGGGGGAGGGGGGGUGCCUUUCGCUUUUCUGCUCGUUCCGCGUUCCUCGGACAGCAUUCUUGUGAUUCCUGAAGUCCAUCCUCGCCUUCUCACUCCGUGAUUACGACUCGGUUACAACAUCGAAUGAUCGUUUGCCUGCGUCUCAGUGGACUGUGUCGACCGCACGACCGCAAUUGGGCUAGUUGGUCGGUAACGUCGAUGCACAAGGAGGGAAUAUCUGCACGAUAACAGGGUUUACAAGCAUUCGGAAACAGGCCUGUUGUGCCGGGGAUUAAGCAAUCAGAGUUAAAGGAUAUUCCCCUUCUUGUUGGUGACAAAACAGUACUUAGCUUGGUGUCCCGUCGGUGGCAAGGAGCUAUUUCUCAUAUCAAGAGAAGGAGAAAACCACCUUAUGCAUGCAGGGCGCGGCGGGUGGGUGGAAGAGACAAGAAUUGAAUCUUCAACCUUUAGCCCUGCAUGAAUCAUAUUACUUACUACAGCGAGCUGUUUGACUCUCAAAAGCAAAAGGGGAAACAAAAGAAACAAAAACGCCACGACGGACGGCUUCUCCCGCGCAGGCCAGUUUGGGACGCCGGGACAACAAGCCUUAGGGAAGGGGGGCGGAUCUCCGCCAUGACUGAUAAACCCUGCUAGUUGAAGCUCCGCACUCUUAUAUUACCUUCCCAUUUGUUCGUUUGGCAAUGAUAGUGUGAACUGCCGGUUUCGUUUUACUUUGUCUCUUAACUGAUCACUCAGCACGCAUGCUCGGAAGCUAGUUACCACCUUCGGUCCUUGUGCUGGAAAGUUUCCAAGAUUUGGUCUUAAUGAUAUACUUCCCUUACAUAUCUUCGUUGUGUUCCACAGCAGCGAGCGGCUUUUGUUUCCUGGUAUAUAUGGACUGGAACCUACGAUAUGGAUAGGUUCAGCGUCAUUAUCCGAACCGGAGGAAAUACGCUGAGCUCUCUUGAGAGGCAACAACCACUUCAGCGUUGCAUGUUUAAGGAUGUUUCCCUUGCACCUGGGCCAUCAAAUUGACCUUCAUUUGUUUUCCGCUGAGAGAAAUCAUUUAAAAGGCAUGGAUCAGAACCGCUACUGCUCCUGCUCAAAUUUGUCUCCUAGCAGCCAGUACCUCUGACUUACCACUCAUACGCCUAGCUAAGAACAAAGCCUUGUUUUCGUUACCACUUUUACAUAGGAAAGAUGUGCGAUUAUAGAGAGUUGACUCACAGUUGUGGUCACAAGUUGUACUUGGUUUACGCCUGGUGCUCCGAAUAUCAUCAAACACAGAUACGAUGCCCGCCAAAUGUGAUCUCGCGGGAAACCGCUCCGAAAGAAUGCAGUACGUAAAUUCCGUCGUCCGUCAUCUGCUCGACCUUCACCCCUCGUCCCUUAUCGGCAGUGUUUGAUUUGUGCUCACUGGAGACACACAAUGUGCUGUAUAUGUUGGGAAAAUAUGUUGUGAACAUGGCCAAACCUACGUUAUGACUGUACCUCAAGUAUUAAUUGAUCAUUUUUGUCCCUAGGUUCCUGUGCGGAAUCGAAGAAAAGAAGAUCCGUGCCUUCGUCUUCGGGCCCCUCCACCUCGUCAUGAAAAAGAAAACCCGAUAAUUCCCCCCUUGAAAAAUGUGACCGAGAAAAUUUUUCCUCAUAGCUACCACCAUCAAUGAUUCCUGCAUAAAAUUUUGCAUUAUUUCGUCACCCCACCAGUUCUCCUCUCUUCAUGACAUCGAUACGAACCUACUAAUUAACAAGGUGAGAUCAAAUCGGCCGGCGGGUGGUCUUGAACCCUGCUUUUGUCAACUGGGCCUAUUUGGGGUGCUGGCAGUUUUUCAGGGUCUGGCUGGCUCAAGCCGUGGUCAAAAAUAAUGGUGCAACUCCGGACAACGCACGACAUAGGCGACAAAGAGUUGACGGGGAAAAGAAAACCAAGGCUGAUUGAAGAUGUCGAUCCGUUUUUGUCCAAUCACAGUGUUCUCCUGUUUUACUUUUUUCUCGCUUUGUCUUUUCUUUUUGGUUUAUUUUUAGGGGCCGGCAUAUUUCGCUACUUUUAGUUUGGCUUUUUCUUUUUUUGGUCCCUUUCUGCAAUUUGUAGGUCACACAAGUACGGAGUAAAAGGGGCCAUUAUUGAUGUUUUUUCCUCUGUCUAGAUUUUUGGGUUAUUGCCCUUUCUUAAUGUCGGGCUUUUGACCAUCUUCCCCCAUUACUCCUAAAAUUUACUCUCUUGCAAAUCGGAAUUUGUUUGGGCUUACACUUUCUUUUCCCUAUUAUCUUUGCUGAGGAGCUCGAUUACCGCUCUGUUUCUGACAUCUGUGGUCUCAUGGUAGAGGUUUUCUAUCUCCACCACUCCCAAGAGAUACGGGCCCCCUAUUUGCAUUCCUGCCUAUCGCUAUCGUCGUUGUAGUUCUCCUCGUCAUCCCUCCCUCCCUUCUCUCCUCACGUUCUUAUCUGGAGGGAAAAAGGGGAAUUGGGAAAGUUGGGAAAGGUAAAAAGAAACAAGGAGCAACGAGGAAGAAAGAAAGGGAAUAGGCAUAAGACACAUUAUGACGAUUAAUGAAUAUGGCACCCGCCACCAAACCUUCUUUCCCUCCUCUGCCUGCUCCUCGCACUCCCCAUCAUCGUCUCACCCGCCCUGAAGGGGGGGGGGGGAAUAAAGGAGCAUAGGGCAAAAAAAAAAAAAAAACCACAUGUAAGGGAUUGUAUUUCUAACAAGUAGUGCGCGAAUAUCCCCAUCGAGGUUGGUGCGUCCUACUUUGAGAUGGGCUCUUUUUUCCCCUUUUUAUUUUCAAUGUGGUUUUGUAUGUAAUUUUCCCCUUACUUUUCUGCUGGUUUGAUACCCCACGUCCUCUUCACAAAAUACGACACAUGCGUUUGCGGCACUGUUAUCUCGUUCCAUAUUUUCUCCGGUGCACCUACUAAAGCUUUCAGCCAAUACCCCCGAAGAUCUAGUCCUCUACCUGGGCAAGAUAGCAACUUCCUUUCUUGUCCUUCCCCCCCUUUUCACUCGAUUUAUCAUUUUUCCUUCUCCAUCUACGCCUCGUUCAAGCCUUAGGCACGCACAGACACAUGUGCGCUGCAUACUAAGCGUGGGGUAUCCCACCCCGGGUCCCCCUCCGGUUCUUCCACAAGGGAGACAUCAGAAAAGUCAUCCAAUACCACCUCAAUGUCCCUCGCUUCCACCCAGACUAACAUCUAAUCCACCUGCACCCGCACAGAUAGGAAGAAGACCCGUGCGGUCAGCGGCUAGCCAGCAGUAGCCUACACAAUUUUUGUCGAUGAGAAACGGGAUCAGGGGCUUGCAGACUGGGCACACUUACAUGCAUGCAUGUAUGCAUGCAUGUAUGUUGUAUGCACGCAAGCACGCACGCAGGAGGAUCCAGCGGGGCCAGGCUUCAAGCCUUCAACUUUUGAGACUGGAACCGAGGGGUUGCUGUUGGUGGCGGUGGACGGGGUGGACGGAUCGGGGAGCGAGGGGCCGGGCCGUAUGAAGGUUUUUGAUAUAUGAUAGGUUGCAUUUGUUCCAUUUUCAAUGUAGGAAAGUGAACUGGGCACUGCCCCUCCUCUCCCCCAGCGUCUAGUGCUUAUAUCUCUACCGUUUUCUAAGUGACUAGAUUGUAGAGGGGUCCUGAUCUAGGUUUGAUGUAAGGGAAAGGCUCUCAAGAUGUUGUUGUGGAGAUGAUAAGGUGAGUGCUCAUACAAUUUGUAUGAAGGGGAGAAUGUAUAGUACAUGUAUGUACAAGGGAUAAAGUUAACUAGUUUCUUCCCGUUUCACUUGUCAACAGGGUCAAUCUUAUCAGUAGAGGGAGAAUAUCAACUAUCUACCCUAGCAGGUAGUUCUCAAAUAUAUCCUUCUCACCCUAAUCCUU